CUUCAGAGGUAAACUGGGAUCUGUCGAGGAGUGUGACACUCAUUCAUCCACUCAAUUAGCAGCUAAUUACAAGGCUGUUCUGGAGGCUGGACUGUGUGAUUCAUCUCUUUAAAGACGUCCCACACGGCUGUAAAACACCCUGGACCAGACUGCUGAACCAACUUCUGGAGAUAUAGGCCUAUAAUAAAGUGGGUGUACUACAGACAGCCCUGAGGAGGACUCGGUGCAGACAUGUCAGACAGCACCGGUUGCGAGUUUGAGAUCGACGUGGAGAGCCUGGAGACGGAGCCGGAGAGCGACGACCUGUUGGACUCCUCCUCCUCCAGCAGGCCCGGCUCGGAGCCGCUCGGCCACGCCGCCUCCGAGGACGACGGAGACGGAGACGGCAACAGCAGCAGCAGCAGCAGCAAGGUGGGCGACAGCACCACCACCGCCUCGUGUCCGGUGGUGGUGGUGGCGGUGGGGGACACCCAGAGGAAGCUCAGCCGGACACCGAAGUGCGCCCGCUGCCGCAACCACGGCGUGGUGUCCUGCCUGAAGGGACACAAGCGCUUCUGCCGCUGGAGGGACUGCCAGUGCGCCAACUGUCUGCUGGUGGUGGAGAGACAGAGAGUGAUGGCGGCCCAGGUGGCUCUGAGGAGGCAGCAAGCCACGGAGGAUAAGAAAGGAAUAUCUGGGAAACAUAUCCCCGCGGAGAGGAGGACGAUAUAUCAGCGACAUAUUCGACCGUCCACCAUGCUCGCCAAAAGCAUCCUCGAAGGGUACCGUCCGGUGCAGUCUGAUCCAUUCCUGGCUGCCAACUCGUCUCUCCCUCCGCCGCUGAGCGAUCGCAUGAGGAAGAGAAGAGCCUUCGCCGACAAGGAGCUGGAAACCAUCAUGCUGGAGCGGGAGUACAAAGAACGAGAGCUGCUGGAGAACAGCCAGGCGGCCUCGCUCAUCUUCCCCAACAGCAUGGCUCACCACGCCGCAGAGUACAACUACAAGACGGCCUACUCGCCGGCCUCUCAGGUUGAGCCGCAGCCCAAAGAGAUGUGCAACUUCCUGGGGCCAAACUGCCUGGAUCUGUCCAUGCAGUACCCCGCCACCUCAGCCAACGUCGAGCUCAUCUCCUCCAACGUCAGCGUGGCCACCACCUACCGCCACUACCCGCUGCAGCCGUCACGAGGCAGCUUCAUGAUGUGGCCCCGCGGUGCAGCCAACCUGAGUGACGCCCUGCUCUACCAGCAGUGCCUCUUCAACGCCACGGCGGUGCAGAACAUGAAGCAGGGUGCAGUGUGGGAGCCCAAGGCGAUGCCUGCCGAGAGCCAGCCGCCCGAGCAGGAGGCUGCGUCCAAACUGGAAGGAUCCCGAGCAGGUGCAGACUCGUCGGACCCUCAACGGGCUAUUCCCAAACCUCCCGGUGUCACCCAGAGAGAAAGCUCAGCCUUCUCUCCACCCAAGAGGAGCUUUGGACAAUCCUUCCCGAACAAUUCCUCUCAUUCCCAAAACUCCGGCCAAGUCCUGAACAAGCUGAGCAAGGACAGCGCUAAGCUUUCCAUGAAACUCAACUCCUUUCACUCCCUCAUCCAGCACUCGCUGAGUGAGAAAAGCAGCGGCGGGGCCGGGCUGGAGCUCAGGACUCCGUAUUGCAAAGAGCUCUUAGAGGAGGCCGCACGAAAGUUCAGAGAGGGCUCCGCCAAGGACAUUCAGGCCGUGAAAAUCAGCGACAGGUACGCCAAAGACUUUCUGUCCAAGCCUGUGGGGACCAAGAUGGCGUCCAGUGAGUCUCUGUCCUUCUCUGUGGAGGCCAUACUGAAGAGACCCACACCUGCCAUGAGUCGAGCAUUCCAUUAAUUCCCAUUAAGUGUCUUUCCUUGCACUAUAAACGUCAGGUCUGUCUCAGCUAGAGGGCAUCUCACGUUGUGGUUUUGGGGUCAAACUAAAUCUUAAACAAACAGGCACUGCAUUAGAAACUAGACCAGCUAGAAACUAUUUGUUUCCCAAUGUAAUAUUUAUGUACAGUAUAUUAUAUUUUCCAUGUGCAUGUUUUAAUAACAUUAUUGUGUAGAGUAUUUAAACAUUAUCCCAAUGUUUUCCUCAUGUCAAUAAACUUUAAAAGAUUGAACUCUUUCCA